GCGGCCGUGCUUGACGCCACCCGGUGACGUCACUGGGAUGACGUCAGCCGGUGACGUCAGGAGUGUGGCGGCAGGGGCGCGGGGGUGGCCGGGCCGGGCCGGGCCGGGCCCGCGGCGCUUAUGGAGGACGAGGACUGCCCUGCCCUGAUCCCGAUAGGCGCCGACGGCGCGGAGCAGAGCGCUGCCGGCCCCGGCAGCAAGAUCCCCGUGACGAUCAUCACGGGGUACUUAGGAGCUGGAAAAACAACUCUUCUAAAUUACAUACUGACAGAACAGCAUAAUAAAAGAAUAGCAGUUAUCCUGAAUGAAUUUGGAGAAGGAAGUGCCUUGGAGAAAUCUCUGGCAAUCAGUCAAGGGGGAGAACUCUAUGAAGAGUGGCUGGAGCUCAGAAAUGGCUGCUUGUGCUGUUCAGUAAAGGACAAUGGUGUGAAAGCAAUUGAGAACCUGAUGCAAAGGAGAGGAAAAUUUGACUAUAUAUUGUUAGAAACAACUGGUUUGGCAGAUCCAGGAGCUGUGGCCUCCAUGUUUUGGGUUGAUUCUGAGCUGGGAAGUGACAUCUAUCUUGAUGGUAUAGUGUCUGUUGUUGAUGCAAAGCAUGGAUUGCAGCAUUUGACAGAGGAGAAACCAGAAGGCCUUAUUAAUGAAGCAUCUCGGCAGGUUGCAUUGGCUGAUCUUAUAAUCAUCAAUAAAACAGACUUGGUUUCAGAGGAAGAAUUGAAUAAAGUCAGAACAUCUGUGAGGUCAAUAAAUGGACUUGUUAAAAUUCUAGAGACACAAAGAUCAAGAGUUGAUCUCUCUAAUGUCUUGGACCUACAUGCUUUUGACAGUUUAUCUGGAGUAAGUUUGCAGAAAAAGCUUGAGCAUGUAAAGACAACACAUGCACAUCUCGAUAAGGCUAUAAUUACAGUAACAUUUGAAGUUCCUGGAAAUAUAAAAGAAGAAAACUUAAAUCUCUUUAUUCAGAAUCUUCUGUGGGAGAAGAAUGUGAAAGAUAAGACUGGAUGCACCAUGGAUGUCAUAAGACUGAAGGGACUGGUAUCUAUUCAAGGCAAAUCUCAUCAAGUGAUAGUCCAAGGUGUCCAUGAGCUCUAUGACCUAGAAGAGACUUCAGUAGUCUGGAAAGAAGAUGAAAAGAGAACAAACAGGCUGGUCCUAAUUGGCAGGAACCUGGAUAAGGAGAUCAUCAAAGAAGUAUUCAUAGCCACUGUGAGAGAAGAACAAGGAAACAGUUGACAUAAAACUAUAAAGAAAGAUUAAAUGUCUGUUUUGAUCCUGCAGAGGUUUUAUGGGAGAAAAGACUGAAUGGCAUGGACUAUUGUUGUUUCUAUAUCCUCUUGUAUUUUAUGCAACAGUUGAACCCUGAAGUCUUCCUAAGAAUUCCAGCUCACCUACUGCUUUAAGAUUAGUUCUUAUGGUCUAGAAUUAAACACAGUUCUCCUUUCUGGAUUUGGCUGAAGCUGUGUCAGCAACAUCAUGUAACUGCAGAAAUGGAGAGAGGCAAAAGUCUGUUAUGUUCUACAUGAAGCAUUACUCUAGGGGUAUGGGAAACAUGUUUGAAGCCUAGUGCUUUCUCUUGCUAACUCUCUUCCACUGGGAAUGAAGCAAUAGUGAUUAUUGCCAGUGAUGCAAUCACAGUACAAAAUGUUUAGUGUUUACUAUUAAACUGUCUUCCAUCUCUUUCUA